AUCGCCGCCGCCGGGCCGCCCCUUCCCGCGGUAGCGCCGUCCCGGUGUCAUGGCGGCGGCGGAGGAGCCCGAGGUGGACAUCGAGGGGGACCCGGGGGCCCCGCCGGGAGAUCAUGAAAACCCGGCAUCAAGCCUGCUGCAGGAUCACUAUCUCGAUUCAUCUUGGAGAACUGGCAACAGUCUUCCCUGGACGCUGGACAGCAGCAUUAGUGAAGAAAACAGGGCUGUCAUUGAGAAGAUGUUGCUGGAAGAAGAGUAUUAUUUAUCUAAUAAAUCACUUUCUGAAAAAAUAUGGCUCAACCAAAAGGAAGUGGAGAAAAGAUCUGUGAAAAGCCCUCAUAAGAAAACUGGAAAAGUCAUGGUCCGGUCACCUGCAAAACCACCUGGCUGCUCCCUGAAGUGGACAUUGGAGGAAAAAGAGCUGUUUGAACAAGGACUGGUGAAAUUCGGCCGCCGGUGGACAAAAAUCGCCAAGUUGAUCGGGAGUCGAACUGUCCUGCAAGUCAAGAGCUACGCUCGGCAGUACUUUAGGAACAAGGCAAAAAAUGGUGAUUCUGAAAAAGAAGAGCAAAAUCAGCGUGGGAGCAGUGUUCCCAUGGAAGAUGGGAUAAGGGCGGAAAUUGGAAAUUUGAGAGGCCGUGCAGACCCCAAUCUGAAUGCAGUGAAAAUUGAAAAGCUCUCAGAUGAUGAAGAAGUAGACAUAACUGAUGACAUGGAUGAGCUACUCUCUCCUACCUUCCAGCAAGAAACUGGAAAAUCUGAAUUACCUGUUAUUCCAAAAAGUCCAGUUGAAGGACCAGAAGGAAUGGAACACAGUUUGUCAUCUGCUGGACACAGUUCUGCAAUUGCUUUGCCUAAAGAAGAUCCUCAGCAGACCAGGCAGGAUACAGUGGAUGCCUUGGUAUUUCCUGCUGUGGCAGCAAUGUGUUCCCAGCACCUGAAUGGGGAUAAAUCUUUGAGUUUAGAUUUCCAGCAGUACAAUAGUUACAUUGAGAAAGCUGAACAAGGAGGAGCAGUAACAUCUCGUGGUACUGGACAAACGACUGCUCAGGAGCCCAGUGAGGAGCAAAGAAACCCGGCUGACAAUGGAUUGCUUUUUCCUUCUCUCUGCCAAGCGGAUGAAGAUCAUCAGGAGGAAGCAGAGGAGCUGAAGCCCCCUGAUCAAGAAGUGGAGGUUGACAGGAGCGUCAUUCUGGAAGAGGAAAAGCAGGCUAUUCCUGAGUUCUUUGAAGGACGCCAGGCCAAGACACCAGAGCGUUACUUGAAAAUCAGGAAUUAUAUUUUGGAUCAAUGGGAGAGAUGUAAACCCAAGUACCUGAACAAGACCUCGGUGCGUCCUGGCCUGAAGAACUGCGGUGACGUCAACUGCAUUGGGCGGAUCCACACGUACCUGGAGCUGAUCGGAGCCAUCAACUUCGGCUGUGAGCAGGCCGUGUACAACCGGCCCCAGGCAGCCGACAGGACGCGCUCCCGGGAGGGCAAGGACGCGGUGGAAGCCUAUCAGCUCGCCCAGCGCCUGCAGUCCAUGCGCACGAGAAGGCGGCGAGUACGAGACCCCUGGGGAAACUGGUGUGAUGCCAAGGAUUUGGAAGGACAGACUUUUGAGCAUCUCUCAGCUGAAGAAUUAGCAAGAAGGAGAGAGGAAGAAAAACUGAAACCUGCAAAAUCUUCUAAAGGUUCGAGACAAACCAAAAGUUCCUUUGAUCCCUUUCAGCUGAUACCCUGCUGUCUGUUCACAGAGGAAAAGCAGGUAUGUACCUCUGAGGGAAUUACCAAGGAGACUUCAUUACUUGGGUUACUUUUCUUAUACUCAUUAUUGUCUUUAUCAUUUCAGGAGCCUUUUAAGGUGAAAGUGUCUUCUGAAGCACUUCUAGUAAUGGAUUUGCACUCUCACGUGUCUCUGGCAGAAGUGAUAGGGCUGCUGGGUGGAAGGUACUCUGAAGCUGAUAAAAUUGUAGAAGUGUGUGCAGCAGAGCCCUGCAACAGCCUCAGCACAGGCCUGCAGUGCGAGAUGGAUCCGGUGUCCCAGACACAGGCCUCGGAAACUCUGGCUGCCAGAGGAUUUCAGGUCAUUGGAUGGUACCAUUCCCACCCAGCCUUCGACCCCAACCCCUCCAUACGAGACAUUGACACUCAAGCCAAAUACCAGAGCUAUUUCUCCAGGGGUGGUGCCAUGUUCAUUGGAAUGAUCAUAAGCCCUUACAACCGAAAUAAUCCCCUGCCGUAUUCCCAGAUCACCUGCCUGGUCAUUAGUGACGAGCUCAGUGCUGAUGGUUCCUACCGCCUGCCCUACAAAUUCGAAGUGCAGCAGAUGAUGGAGGAGCCUCAGUGGGAAUUAGUAUUUGAAAAAACAAGAUGGAUAAUUGAAAAGUACAGAUUUUGCCACAGCAGUGUCCCCAUGGAUAAAAUUUUUCAUAGGGAUUCUGACCUGACUUGUUUGCAGAAACUUUUGGAGUGCAUGAGGAAGACUUUGGGCAAGGUAACAAACUGCCUCAUUGCUGAAGAAUUCUUGACUCAGAUAGAAAACUUAUUCCUCUCCACGUACAAGAGUGAGGAAAAGAGCAAUGCUGAUGGAAGUGAGAAGGAAUGUUCACACCAAUUGCCACUGUGAUGGCUUUGGCAAACCAAAAUAAUGGAAUUUGGAUGUUAUUUUUUAAUUUCUCUCCUUCCUCCUCAUUAUGUCAACUCUUUCAGAAUUGUUUCCAUCUCAGUAGUGACUGUUACAGAAUCCAGUGUGUUCUUAUCUUGGUGGUUUAAAGGUACUUGGGAAGCUCCUUUUGGGUGUGACCCCCGUGCCCGAGGGCCACAGCAUUAACUGAGAGACCAACUCUGCUGCUCUGGGAGAAGGACACCCUGUCAGGAAUACUGGGCAUCCAUCUUCAAGGAGAGCUUGUCUCUCUCUCAGGUCUUUCAGUUUGGGAAUUUUCUCUUAAUGUUAUUCCCAGGUACCCAUCUAACUCAGGAUGAAUUAAUGCUUUAGAGGUUGUAAGUUUGAAUGAAUUCACAGAAGAGAAACUUAACUGAAAUGAGAAUUUUGUAGCUCCAACUCUCCUGCUAUCCAGCCUGAAGUUUUAUUCAGUUGUAGCAAAAUACAUCACCUGAUUUCUUUGUUUUAUUAUCUUCUUUAUUACUAUUUUCCCCCAUUCAUCCUGAUGGUGAAGUAGGUUUUUUGGCACAUUCUUUGCCAUCUUGUUUCUGUACUGGGGAGGAAAAGCUGGCAAGUUUUCAUGACUUUUCAGUAGUGGCUAUGCUUGUUUCCAGUGGAAAUGAUAAGUCCUGUCUUGCUACAGGUUGCAACCUUUCUGACCUUCCAUUCUAUGGGGAGGUUUUACGUUGAUCUCCAGAUCCUUGUUGUUUGUCCACUUGGAAUUGCCACUGUUUCCUGUGGAAACACGAGCUCUGGAUUGAUGGCAAACGGAGGGCAACGAACAGAAAAAUAUUUGUGUUUGUAAAGAAAAAAAUCCCAACUUUUAUAUUCAGUCUUGUCUAUAAUGUACAGUUUAAUAAGAAAACAGUGGUUUAUAUCAGUUCCCGAGUUAUGAUUUCUUACAGGUGUAUAUUCAGAUAAAUCAGCCACAAACAGAUCGAUCUUGAUUGGAGAAGUUUCCUGAUUGCAACUUGGAAAUGUUUCAUGAGCUGUAUCACUGUGACUGUUUAUAGAAAAAAUGUGGUUUAAAUUUUGCUUUCUAAGGAAACUUGACUUGUCUACAGGUAUUUACACAGGUUUAUCUUGAGCAGAGUUUCUCAGAGGUCUAAAAUGUAUUUGAAAACCUGAAACAAGACAUCGAGUUUAUAUCUAGAGGGGAGAGAAUGGGCUCAAUUUUUAUUUUAAGAAAAAAGAUGUGUGUGUAUAUAUCUAGUUCUACAUAACAUAAAUGGAAUUUUAAGAUUUUAUAUGUUUCAGCUUUUCAUUUAUAUAGAGUCUGAAAAGCUUUAAAGUCACAGAGUUGCAUCCCAAGGAGGGAACUCCCUCCCAGGAAGUUAAUGUUACAGUGUUUACCAUGAAAUGUCAGACUCUCUCUGUCACUGAGGGAAGGUGCAGAACCCCAUCAAAGGAAAAUGUGAGCUCUUGAUACUCGGUGAUCUUCCCACAUUCAAGAGCUGUGGAUUCAGAAGUACUGGUGGAUGUUCUGUGCUCUCUAUGUCCAGAUGUGCUGGUGCAGAGCUGUGGGUCCCACUGUGUGUGAUUUACCAUUGGUGUAUCUCUCUGUGUCCAGCGUGUUCAGUCUGCACUUACUCUAAACUGCCAUCUCUGGGACUUCCUCACUCCCAGUACUGCAUGGAUUUCUGUAUUCCUGGCUAAACUACACUCGGAGUGGGAAGGCAUUCCUGCCUGCUCAGUCAUGGGAUCUGAGCAGUGCCUGCUUUUUGGUUCAGUUUUCCAUGGGUUCUCUAGGAAAUCCCCCAGGAUCAGUGUACACACGGACAGCUCUAAUUCGUGCUGGUUCUCAGGAGAAUUUUGAACCUCUGUGUAACAUCAGUAUGAAGUAGAUCCUGUUCAUUGUCCUCAUAUUCCCAGCCCUUUUAGGAUGGAUCAGGAUUACCCAAGCAGUGGUAACUGUGCUGGCUGCUUCUCUCUGUGUUGAUUACAAUGAAUUAAAGUAACACAGUUGUAUUAAUUGGAUUUAAGAGAUGUUACUUAAGGAACUUCUGAGUGACACACACUUUUGAAGUGGUUUGUCUUUGGGAAGAGGACAUGGUGCAGGACUGAGCCUUUGGCAUGCACAGACUCCAAAUUUUCUGAGUUUGUGAGCAGGGUGGUGUGGAGAAAAUGCAAUGCUGGUACCAUUGGGAUCCAGUCUUGUACAUGGAAUUGUAUGGGAAUUGGAAAGAGCACAGUUGUGAUGCUGAGUAACGAUUUUGUUGGGAGGAGCCAUGGUAAUAAAAUAAUUAACCUGCUUUUCAGCAUUUAGUUGGUCUGAGGGGUUAAUAGAGUUUGGAAGUUGCAGCCUUCCCAGGAGGUAAAAAUCUGUUUUACUAAUAUGCCAGUUCUGCUACCAAACGUAUAUCAGGCAUGAAAAUUCUUUAUGAUAAAGCACUUUUUUCCCCAUCCAGGCUUUGUUUCAGUGCACCUGUGAGGAGUAAUCCACUGCUCCUUUCUGUAGGCCCAGUGUUACACCCUGCCAAGGUGUUGCUCAGGAGAUGAGUACUCGUUGAGUAGUGAGUAGAAAUGAUACAGUUAAAACUGGAAUUCAAGUUUAAAAUAAGAAGAAACAAAUUAAAAACAAACAAGCAACCACAAAAAA